CCUUCAAUAAUCAAUAAGAAGAGUAGAACACUCCUUCCAUCACUUCCUUCACUUCACCAUAUAGCAAAGUCCUCCUCCAUGUUUUCCUAUCAAAAACUGAAGCAUGUUGAAGACAGAGAAUAUGAGGAGCUCGUUAUAGUAAGGAAGAAUAUAAUCGGCAACGGUCGUCAAGGAAGGAGAUGGGGGAGGAGCGGGUGGAGCUGGAGGCGGCCUAGAGUCCGAGUUGCUGGGCUGCUACGAAGAGUUGUGAGGGGGAAGGCCGCAGCAGUCCGAGCUGCAAUGCGAGCAUCGUUGAAGAAGAUGAUGAUAAGGUUGAAGGAAGGAAAGCCAUAUAUUGGCGAGCUUUUCGCCGGCAACUACAUGUUCAUGCAGGUGAACCCAUCUGUUGCCGUAUCAUAUUUGGACAAGUCUCUAAUUCCAACCACAAGGCUUCAUAAUGCCUAUGCAGUCACUCCAAGGAUUGCUUUUUAGUUAAUAACAAGUUUGUUGUUUGCUUCGUUUCAGAUUUUUCUUUGAUAUCGCCUUAUUUUGAGUCUUUGUUUAGUGUAUUAAAAAAAAAGUUUAAAAUAGUUGUGCUGAAACGAAGUGAAAUAAAUGUUUGGUAACGUUCGUUAAUUAGCAAUAAUACUGUUACCUGUUUUAAUGGAUCAUGAACUUGUUUCUUCUGAAACAAA